UUGUUUCUUUAUCUAUCUAUCUAUCUAUCUAUCUAUCUAUCUAUCUAUCUAUCUAUCUGCCGUUUCUUAUCUAUCUAUCGGAAAUCACUUUUCAUGCCAAAGUGCACCUCUACUAGUUCGGCCAGAGAGCCAGCUUGGCAGAGCAAGUUGUCUAUCUGUAUCUUUUCUAUAUAUAUUGCCUCUCUAUGUCUAUUUUAUCUAUCUAUCUAUCUAUCUAUCUAUCUAUCUAUCUAUCUAUCUAUCUAUCUAUCUAUUUUUAACAGCCUAUUCAUAUCUAUCUAUCUCUUUGUUCAUAUCUAUCUAUCUGUCUGUCUAUCUAUCUAUCUAUUUUUAAUAGCCUAUUCAUAUCUAUCUAUCUUUUUGUUCAUAUCUAUCUAUCUAUCUAUCUAUCUAUUUUUAAUAGCCUAUUCAUAUCUAUCUAUAUCUUUGUUCAUAUCUAUCUAUCUAUCUAUCUAUCUAUCUAUCUAUCUGUCUGUCUGUCUCUCUAAGAAAGGAAGCUUGAUUGACCUGAAGCAUAUUAUUCUCCUUUUCCGUGACAAUAACGCGGUGGACUUGCCUACGCGUGGCACACAGCGGUUGGUUGCUUUCCUACACCGGUGGGAACAGGACGAUGUCGUGUCUGACCGAUGCUUAUUAGUUCAGUUGAGCGGACGGUGA